AUGGGGAUGAGGAGGCGGUAUAUCAUCUACCUGCAGAUCUUCUGGAUAGCCCGGUUCUUCCCUCCUCCGCUGACGACGGCGGGUAUGAACCGAUUCGAGACCGCUGCGUCUACAUUGGCGCACGUGCUCGGUUCGGCUUGUUCGGCUUGCUCGACUCCAUGGACACCAGGCUUUGAUCUCGGUUUCGUCUCUGGUAGUGGCUACGAGCACGGCUUCAGUGGCCAUCUCGGACAAUACGCCAGAGGCGCGGGGGUGGAGAUGGGGAUCGAGAGUCCGCUGGCUAGUUUUACAGUCAUGGCGUCGCCGCCUUUCUUUGCCGCACUUCAGGAUGCUGGCUCCCAUAAGACUGGGCUGCCGUAUCCGUGCUCGCCUUGGGUGGACUCCCCGUUUCCUGAUGUGCUCUUCCCAUCGGUUUCGCCUUCUCCGGCGACCACGAUCCCCAGGAUGCCGGCAUGGUAUGAGCAUUGCUUCGGCCGUUGGGGCGUUGCGGAGUGGACUACAGCAUUACCUGGAACCAACGAGAAAGACUUUGCGGUCUAUCACGUUUCACUCGACACCCGCGCCCCGAAGCAGGAGCAGACCCGGCAGACCCAGCCGGAAGAUCAGCCAGCUGCCACAACCGCCACUCCAACCCUGCCAGACUCUCCUUCGCCCGCGUCAUCCCCGAAGUCAACCUCGGCCGCAAGCUCACCGACCUACACCACUCCAAUGCCAUCCCGUCGCAACCUCCCCAGGCCCCUUCACCUCCGCACCAUGAGCGCCACGAACAUCAGCAGCAACACCGACAGCAAUGGGGGUGAUGAAACGCUACACACACCACUGACAUGGCACCGUCCAGCUUCGCCGUGGAGUCUUUCGCCGGAUGGGGAAUAUCAGGAACGAUAUCUGCGAGCGCUAAGGAUGUCGAGGGACGUUGAUGCUGCGCUGGCGGGGGAGGAUGAGAGUUUGUGA